UUGUACAAUGCUUAGAUUGUAAUUCACAAUCUAGGAAAAAGAAUUAUAAUUAAAUUCACCAUGGGAUUGCAUAUGCAUUUGCUGCGAGCCCACUUUUUUCUAGUAAUACUGCUUAUUUUUGCCACAAAAUCGGUUUCUAUACAAACAAAUUUCCCAAUAGCAAAGCCCAACUGCACGGAUCGUUGUGGAGAUGUAAGCAUUCCCUUCCCUUUUGGAACAAGGGAAGGAUGUUACCUUAGUAAAACAUUCUUAGUCACUUGUAAUCACACCCACUAUGAUCCUCCUAAACCAUUCUUGAGACACUCAAACAUAGAAAUCACAAACAUAUCCCUGGACGGUCAAUUGACUGUGUUGCAGUUCAUAGCGAAAGAAUGUUAUAAUAGGAAUGGCACCGAAGCACUCUCUAUCGACCCCUAUAUACGGUUCAAAGAAUUCACAGUCAAUAAUACCGCAAAUAAGUUCACUGUUGUAGGUUGCGAUACUUAUGCUUUCGUAUCUGGGAGCCGGAAUAACAAGAGUGAUUACGAGACAGGGUGCACUUCCCAGUGUGCCAGCAAGGAUGAUCUGGAGGACGGGUCAUGUUCCGGUGUAGGCUGUUGCCAUUCGUCUAUCCCAAAAGGGGUAUGGAAAGUUAAGUUGACAUUGAAAAGCUAUUCUAAUUUCACAGAGAGCUAUGAUAAUGACACCACUACCGUCUGGGACGUCGAUAAUUGCAGCUACGCAUUUCUUGCUGAGGAAAGUGCAUUCACUUUUUCUCCAAAUAGUCUUUCAAUUCUGAGGAAUGUAGAGGAGCUUCCCAUGGUGGUUGACUGGGCAAUUGACAGAGGAACAUGUGAGGAGUCUCAAAAGAACACGUCGAGCUAUGCCUGUAAAAGCACGAAUUCCAGUUGUAAAGGAACCGAUAAUGGGUAUCGUUGUUAUUGUUCAGAGGGUUAUGAAGGGAAUCCAUACCUCAUUGAUGGUUGUAAAGGUAUUAAACAAGCACCAACUUUUCCAACCGCUCGUAAAUGGUGCCACCAAACCAUAUUGUUGUGCCAAAGGAGUAUUGCUUUUGGGAUUUCUCUGGGAAUUACGGUUUUUAUACUUGUUGUCUGCUGGUUGUACUCAAUGCUUAAUAGAAGAAAGUUGAACACAAUGAAGCAAAAAUUCUUUCUUCAAAAUGGUGGCUUAUUGUUGCAAGAAAAACUCACCCAAAGACAGCAGUCACCAGUUAUGGCAAAGAUAUUUACUUCAGCCGAACUCAAGAAGGCAACGGACAACUUCCACGAUAGUAGAAUUGUUGGUCAGGGAGGCUAUGGCACUGUAUACAAAGGCUUGUUAACAGAUAAUCGACUAGUUGCCAUCAAGAAGUCCAAAGAAGUUGAUCCACAUCAAGUUGAGCAAUUUAUCAAUGAGGUGAUCGUUCUUUCCCAGAUCAACCACAGAAAUGUUGUCAAGCUCCUUGGUUGUUGUUUAGAAACACAAGUUCCUCUGCUGGUCUAUGAAUAUAUAGAAAAUGGAACCCUAUUUGAACACAUACACAGUAAAACAAAGGCGCGUUCUCUUUCUUGGGACAUGCGAUUAAGAGUUGCUGCAGAAGCUGCUGGAGUGCUUGCGUAUUUGCACUCUGCAGCUUCCCCUCCAAUCAUACACAGAGACAUCAAAUCAACAAAUAUUCUUUUAGACAUUAGUUUCACUGCAAAAGUGUCUGAUUUUGGAGCAUCAAGAUUGGUUCCACUGGAUCAAACUCAAUUAUCGACAAUAGUGCAAGGAACCUUAGGAUACUUAGACCCUGAAUACAUUCAAACGAACCAAUUGACUCAGAAAAGUGAUGUUUAUAGUUUUGGAGUAGUCCUCGUUGAGCUACUAACAGGAAAAAAGGCAUUAAGCUACGACAGACCAGUAGAGGAGAGAAGUUUAGCCAACUAUUUCCUUUUAGCACUAGAGCGAAGCUGCUUAUUCCAAGUUCUUGAUGACAAUAUUAUAUGCGGAGGAAACAGUGACGAGUUAACAUCGGUUGCUAUGCUUGCAAAAAUAUGCUUACAUGUUAAAGGGGAGGAUAGACCUAGUAUGAAGGAAGUAGCUAAGGAACUUGAAGGUCUGAGAUUAGCAGGAAAACACUCGUGGAACCAAACAGAACCCAAUGAAGCAGAGUCAGAAUCCCUGCUUUCUGGGAAAAUGAACGCCUUUGCAAUUGCAAAUGGUGAUGGUAGUAGUAGCACAGCUAUUGGAUAUGAUAACAGCAGGGAUCAUAUUAUUUUACCUAUGGGUGGUGGGAGAUGAUCUGUAGCAUUAGAAUCAGUAUGAGUAAGGUUAUAUAGAACUGGCAAGGUUAGCAUUACUGUUGUUGAGUUAUUUUAUGAAUUCAUCUUUUGUUAGGUUCUUAAUCUAUAAAAUAAGGAUGUGGAUUGAGGUUAUACUGAACUUGUAAGAUUAGCAAUAUUAUUGUUGAAUUGGUAUAUGACUUCUUAUA